AUGGAUGCUGGCAAGGCCCGUGGGCCUGUCUUUUCUCCAGAGAGAAUCGCCGGCUCUGCUGCCCAUCCCGGCCGACGAGGAGGGGCUGGCCAGCUGCCAGAGGCUCCCCACGGCAGGACCGACCCCAGCCCCUUUCGCAGCUCCCCGUUCCCCGGCCCCGCCUCUCCCGGGCCGUCACGGGCCUGGCGCAGGCGCGGCUCGGCCAUGGCUGCCAGCGUGGAGCGGCGCCUCGCCGAGUUUCGCGCCGCCCGCGGCAGCGCUGCCGCCACUCCGCGCCCAGCCGAGCCGCCGGGAAAGGCCACGGCUCCGGAGGCCGCCGAGGGACCGCAGGCAGCCGCGGAGGGCCCGGGUGGCGGCGCUCAGGUCCGGCCCGGCGGGGCGGCGGCUCCGGUGUGGGCGCGCCCGCUGCUGCUGAAGGUGCUGCUGUGGGCCGUGCUGCUGGCGCUGUUCGCGGAGCUGGAGCUCGGGCUGCCCUACUUCGUUCUUUCCCUGCUCUACUGGAUGUACGCCGCCACCCGCGGCCCCGCCGAGCGGCGACCCGGCGAGCUCAGCGCCUACUCCGUCUUCAACCCCGGCUGUGCCGCCAUCGCCGGGACGCUGACGGCCGAGCAGCUGGAGCGGGAGCUGCACUACCGGCCCGCCGCGGGCAGCUAGCGCCGGGCCCGGCCGGGACUGUGCCGGGCUGGGCCGGAACAGCCGCCGCGCCGGGCCGGCCCCGCUGCCGCCGGGGGCUCGGGGGAAUGAAAGGGGGUUUGUUCCUAUGCAGAAAAGUACCUGAACCUUACUGCUGGCCCCGUGUCCCGCGGCGCCGGCCGGUCCCGAAUAAAGCCGUAGCAAAGCCUGCGCUCUGGUCUCGUUUCCUGGGGCCGGGCAGCUGUUUCGGUGCCCCGAGAGGCACGGCCAUGUCACAGCUGCGGCUGCCAGCGUGUCACCUGCAGGGCUUCAGCUCCCGAGAGCUUUGCCACAGGUGACAGACACAAAGGCUGGCGUUUGACGACACCUGCAGUAGAAGGGCCUGAUGCUGCUCUCCGCUGCACCGGCUGGAAAUCUCAUGCUGAAGAAACGACGAGAAGCAAUAGCCAUAUACCUAAAAUAGACUGCUGCUUGGGUUUGCAGUGGUGUCUUUCACCUGACACAAACAUCAGAUUAUAAUUCCCUUUUUGCUUCAUAUUACAGUUUUCAUAAUUGUAAGCUGAAAAAUACUUAUUUCUGGCAGCUGUAUUUUUAUGAUCCACUGAUGUUUUUAAUAUGAAGAUCUUUGCAUUGAGCCAGAUCUGCUCAGCGAAGUGGUAGUCCCCUCUGCUAAAAGCAUGGAAAAAACACAUGGGUGUGGCAUUUGACAACAUGUUUUAGUGUUCUAAAACAUGCUCUAUGGUGGUGAUGCUACACAGACAGUUGGACUUGAUGAUCUUUAAGGUCUUUACCAACCAUAACAAUUUUAUGAUUCAUUAACUCAUCAUUUUGAAGAGCAGCUGCUAGAACUUGUGUCUCUUAGGACAGAGUUAAGAAGGAAAGUCACCAAUUGGUCUUUCAAGUCCUGUUCCACUAUGUCUUUUCUAAUUUAACAGUUAAACACAUUGUUAAGGUUUGACUCAACACAAGUUUGAUCAUUGGUUGUAGAAACAAAAUAAAGUGGUGUUUUGAAUUUAGCUAGACUAAUAAGAGAGUAAUAGGUUAAAGCACAUGUAAUAUGUUAACACUGAUAAGCAUCUCUCAGUAGCUCUCCACAGCACUCUCACAGUUUUUAUCUUGGGCUGUUGUAUAAAUUCCAAGUCCUGCUAUUUGAAGGCAAAAAAAUUGUCAUUUGCACAUAUUCUGUCAUCCUCUAGUAACCCCCCACCCUGAGAGUUUUCAUUAUUCUUACUGAUUCCUUUUGACUCUAUAACAUGCUGCAUUUUGUAUUUGAUUAACAUAGGCUCAGCAGGGUCAAACACCUCCAGGUAGUGGACACACAGUUGCACAUAUAAAGCACUGUUUCCCUGAAAGAACCACAGAAUCUUUCCAUUCUUAAAAAGUAUUCUGGUAACAGGGUAAGAAGUAGUUAGAUGAUACUCAAAACACCUGUAAGCAAUGGAAUUUUGUGAGUUGAAACUUUAUUCACAGCAAUAAAAAUAAACAUCAGCAUAGUGUUUAUGGGGAGUUGAUAAUCUGAGAUCUUGUACAGUUCAGUUCUGUGGGUAUUUUUUAAAACAAGGAAAUACAUGCAAAUAAAUAUUAAAUAUAAGGUAAGAUCAAUGAAAUUAUAAAAAUUCAUAGCAGCAAUGCUGGAAAUAAAGUUUUCACUUGCUAUACACUCUAGCUGCAUUAUGUCCAGGUGGAUUUAUAGACUCUUGUAUUUAAUGCUUCAUGAAACAAGUUACCACAAUAAGUGAGCAUGAAGUCAAAAGGCACAAGAAAUAAAAACUGACACAGUUCA